UACCAAGUUCUGCAAAGCCACAGCAACCCCCCGGCAGGCCCCCGACGCGCGUGGGCGGAGCCGGGGCGGAGCGUACGCAUGCGCAGGGCCUGACUCCCGGCGAGGGGUGGGGCGGGCACCAGGGCCGGGGCUGUGACGUCAGGUGCGCGCGUGGCUCCCGCUGCGCAGGAACAGCUGGUGCCUCGGAAGGCGGCCGGCGAGCGGACAGGCGUGGGGUGCUGGUGGCCGGCCGCGCCACGCUGCAGGAGCAACCGCCUCCGCCUCGCACCACUGCACCAUGGCCGGCCAGCUGGAGCGUUGCGAGCGCGAGUGGCACGAGCUGGAGGGAGAAUUUCAGGAACUGCAGGAUAUUCACAGGAUCUACAGGCAGAAGCUGGAGGAGCUGACCGCACUCCAGACUUCGUGCAGCAGCUCCAUCAGCAAGCAGAAGACACGACUGAAGGACCUGAAGCGCACGCUCCAGAGGUACAAGCGCCACACCAGUCGGGAGGAGGCAGAGCUCAUUCAGCAGUUGGGCGCCAACGUCAAGGAGCGGCAGAACGUCUUCUUUGACAUGGAGGCCUACCUGCCCAAGAAGAACGGGCUCUACUUAAAUCUGGUUCUCGGCAAUGUGAAUGUGACCCUUCUCAGCAACCAGGCCAAAUUUGCCUACAAGGAUGAGUAUGAGAAGUUCAAGCUCUACCUGACCAUCAUCCUGCUCCUGGGUGCUGUGGCAUGUCGAUUUGUCCUUCACUACAGGGUGACAGACGAAGUCUUUAACUUCCUGCUGGUAUGGUAUUACUGCACCCUGACGAUUCGGGAGAGUAUUCUCAUCAGCAACGGCUCGAGAAUCAAAGGCUGGUGGGUGUCUCACCACUACGUGUCCACGUUCCUGUCUGGAGUGAUGCUGACCUGGCCUAACGGACUGAUUUAUCAGAAGUUUCGCGAUCAGUUUUUAGCGUUCUCCAUUUUUCAGAGCUGUGUCCAGUUCCUGCAAUAUUAUUACCAGAGGGGCUGCCUCUACCGGCUGCGGGCCCUAGGGGAGAGAAAUCACCUGGACCUCACGGUGGAAGGAUUUCAGUCCUGGAUGUGGCGAGGCCUCACCUUCCUUCUGCCCUUCCUGUUCUGUGGCCACUUCUGGCAGCUCUACAAUGCCAUCACGUUAUUUGAGCUCUCCAGCCACGAGGAAUGCAGAGAAUGGCAGGUGUUCGUGUUGGCGCUUACGUUCCUUGUCCUCUUCCUCGGCAACUUCCUGACCACACUCAAAGUCGUGCACACCAAACUCCAGAAGAACAGAAGCGAGGCCAAGAAGCCGUGAGCCACGGGGCCGGCGCCCCUCGACCCCCGGACUUUGAGACUGCAGGGGAUCCCAGGCGACACCCUCGCUGCCGGGUUCCUCCCAACCAGUGCCAGUGGCCACUGGCCGCAGUGACCUCAGGGGCCAGCGGCAUCGCUGGGAGCAGAGCCGAGGCCCCGGUCCCCGGCCGGACAAGAGGAAUGUGACCCCAACCUGUCCGUGCAGUAUUAGCCCGCCCCAGCCUCCCUAUUUAUGACAUAUUUAAUAUCGGCGCACCCCCUUCCCUAGAAUCUGCCGCCCUCUUACCCCGCUGCUCUCCGCGAGACUGCGUCAGUCUUCCUGGGGGGUGGGGGAGGCUUAGCCUCAGGGUCCCCCUCUGUCCCCCAUCCUGUCGUUUGAGCCCUUCAGGUUGGGCUUCGGACGUGCCUCGCUGGGGUUGGGUUUCCGCUGACCUGCUACUUACUGAGUCCCAGGCGGGUGGAAGGAAGCCCUUCCGUGUUCCGGGGAGCCGCCCUCCCCGGGGCACCGCUUCUGCCGUAAGCUCCCGGCCUCCGCGCGUCCGCCGCGCGGGUGUUCGGGUUCUCGGAGAACCGCUGUCCGUGUCUUUGUGCCUCGUACUCUUUGUGCUUCCUGAGUCUGCAGCCUGCUGGCCGCCAGGUGGCCCUGCCUCCCACAGGCCCAGGGCUUGGCCUGAGGCGGGAGGGUUUUCUGAGGGUCACCACCAGAGGGCGCCCCUGCAUCGUCUGGCUGGUGUGAGGGCUAUUUUUUUUUUUUUUCUCUCUCAAAGUUUGGGUCCACUUUUGGGGGCUUCAUGACUCCCACCCCUCAGCCCACCUUCCCAGAUUCUCUCCGUGAGCACUCAGGGCGUGGGGUCAAGCCCCUCGGCAAUGGUUGGGACGUAAGCCAGCGUGGAGGUCACCCACGCUCAGGCUUCCUCCCUUCACCUCAGAGCUUCUGGAACGUGGGGGGCGUCUGAGCAGGCUCACUUCGAGGCGGCGGCCACACUCUAGAGGCCAGGGCAGGUCUGUUGGUCACCUCACGUUAGGUUCUGUAUCUGUGGGGAGGGUGAAGAAGCGAACAGUUUGGCUACAUUUUCUGCGUCUUCUCAUAUGGGCCUCAUCCGUCCUUAACGACUUACUUAGAAAUCCCUGUCGACCAGAGUACAUAGAUGGUGUCCCUAAUCAUGCUCUGGGUGUCAAAGGGGUUUAAACUUUUAAAGUAUGAAAUUUCCCCUCCCCUCCCCUCCCCCCAGUAAGAUUCCACAUAAAAAUCCAGAUUUCCACUUUCCCUAGAGAAAUGGAAAGAUCUAGAAACAUUCCCACAGAGCAGCAUCUAGCUGGGCUGAGCUGCCUUGUCUAGGAUGGGGUGCUUGCUUUCUAAUUUGCCACAGGCCCCACCACUCCCUUUCAUCCCUGCCCUACUUCACUCAUUUGGGUCUCCCAUCUGGCCCCUUAGGCACUUGGGUUUGCCCUAGACUAGGAGUUGGCGAACUUUUUCUGUGAAGAGCCAGAUGGCAAACAUUUUAGGUUGUGAGGGCCAGAUGGUCUCUCACUCUAGUCUAGUCUGCAACUGGAGGGCAAAAGCAGCCAACGCAUAAACGAAUGGGCUGUUUUUCACUAAAACUUUAUUUACAAAAAUAAAGAUUUGGCCCACAGACUGUGGUUUGUGGACCUCUGUCCAAGACCAUCAUUUGUCCACGGAGCCUUGGACCGAAUGCUCUCUUGAUUCCCCAGGGCGCGGCAGGGCCUUGGGGAACCUAGGUGGGGUGGGGUAGACUUCAGAAGUCUCUUUCUCAGGCCUAGUGGGCGCUGAAGCACUGGGCAACGGAGGAGGCUGAGGCAGGAGAUACCGGGGAUGGCAGGACCACCUGAAGCCAUUAUCUCAUCUUAGGUAACGCUGAUCCCUGGGCUUACUCAGGAGCCACCAGCUCUCAAUCUCUGGGGCAUCAGAAUCACCUGGGGCACUUGUUUCAAAACUCUUGGGCCCCUGACCCCAGACCUUCUAGGAGGUUCAGUGAAUCUGCACUGGGGGUUAAUCAAGUCUGUUCUCGCAGGAGGCCAGGAUGGCCUUGGUUCCAGAUCUCCACAUCUUGGCAGAAUUGGAGGCUGUGAGAGACGGGAGCUCGAUGACUCUUUAAAUGAGCCAGUGCCAUCCUUCUGCAGACAGUCUGUAGAGAGACCUGACUUGCCCAAGAUCACUCGGAGCUGGUGUCACUUUUCAUCUCGGGUUUCUGGCAAGUAGUGGCGAGCAGAGGGGUUGCAG